AUGAGGUUCAAGAAGAAAGGUGUUCUGCAGCUCAUUCUCGAAGAAUCUCUUCUCGUUAACAAGCCACAAGGAACCCCUCGCAAGCACAGGACAAUCGAGGAAGUCAGCCCCUACGAGUCAACGAGGAAGUCAAUCAACGACGCUCGAAUCAUGGAGGUCGCUAGUGUGAGUUGCAAGCCAUGCGCACAGAAGAUGUUGAAAGGCUUGUGA